GGUUUAUAAACGUCGGCGGAGCGUCGGUUGUAGCACUCUGCGCGCCCGCUCUUCCGCGCUCUUCUCGGUCCUUCCGCUGUCGCCGCCACCGCCGCCAUGAGGGAGAUCGUGCACCUGCAGGCCGGGCAGUGCGGCAACCAGAUCGGCGCCAAGUUCUGGGAGGUGAUCAGCGACGAGCAUGGCAUCGACCCCACGGGCACCUACCACGGGGACAGCGACCUGCAGCUGGAGCGCAUCAACGUGUACUACAACGAGGCCACCGGCGGCAAGUACGUGCCCCGCGCCGUGCUCGUGGACCUGGAGCCCGGCACCAUGGACUCCGUGCGCUCGGGGCCCUUCGGGCAGAUCUUCCGACCUGACAACUUCGUGUUCGGUCAGAGCGGGGCCGGGAACAACUGGGCCAAGGGCCACUACACGGAGGGCGCCGAGCUGGUGGACUCGGUCCUGGACGUGGUGCGCAAGGAGGCCGAGAGCUGCGACUGCCUGCAGGGCUUCCAGCUGACCCACUCGCUGGGCGGCGGCACGGGCUCGGGCAUGGGCACCCUGCUCAUCAGCAAGAUCCGCGAGGAGUACCCCGACCGCAUCAUGAACACCUUCAGCGUGGUGCCCUCGCCCAAGGUGUCGGACACGGUGGUGGAGCCCUACAACGCCACGCUGUCCGUGCACCAGCUGGUGGAGAACACGGACGAGACCUACUGCAUCGACAACGAGGCCCUGUAUGACAUCUGCUUCCGCACGCUCAAGCUCACCACGCCCACCUACGGCGACCUCAACCACCUGGUGUCGGCCACCAUGAGCGGGGUCACCACCUGCCUGCGCUUCCCCGGCCAGCUCAACGCCGACCUGCGCAAGCUGGCCGUGAACAUGGUGCCCUUCCCGCGCCUGCACUUCUUCAUGCCGGGCUUCGCGCCCCUCACCAGCCGGGGCAGCCAGCAGUACCGCGCGCUGACCGUGCCCGAGCUCACCCAGCAGAUGUUCGACGCCAAGAACAUGAUGGCCGCCUGCGACCCGCGCCACGGCCGCUACCUGACCGUGGCCGCCGUCUUCCGCGGCCGCAUGUCCAUGAAGGAGGUGGACGAGCAGAUGCUGAACGUGCAGAACAAGAACAGCAGCUACUUCGUGGAGUGGAUCCCCAACAACGUCAAGACGGCCGUGUGCGACAUCCCGCCGCGGGGGCUCAAGAUGUCGGCCACCUUCAUCGGCAACAGCACGGCCAUCCAGGAGCUGUUCAAGCGCAUCUCGGAGCAGUUCACGGCCAUGUUCCGGCGCAAGGCCUUCCUGCACUGGUACACGGGCGAGGGCAUGGACGAGAUGGAGUUCACCGAGGCCGAGAGCAACAUGAACGACCUGGUGUCCGAGUACCAGCAGUACCAGGACGCCACGGCCGAGGAGGAGGGCGAGUUCGAGGAGGAGGCCGAGGAGGAGGUGGCCUAGGGGCCGCGGGGGGAACUCUUUAUUGGCCCCGCUGUACAGAAGCACCAUUAAAGCUUUUCCCGGUGUGUG